AUGGCCAAACCCAGAGACUCCCACGUGGCAGUUCUCGCUUUUCCCUUCGGCAAUCACCCCGCUGCUAUCUUCACCGUCACUCGCCGUCUCGCCUCCGCCGCUCCCACCACCGUCUUCUCCUUCUUCAACACCCCCCAAUCCAACUCCUCCUUGUUUUCCUCCGGCUACACAGAUCUUCCGGCGAACAUUCGAGUCCACCACGUCGCCGACGGUGUUCCAGAAGGACACGUCUUCUCCAAGGGACCAGGACCAGAGGAGGCGAUUGACCUGUUUCUCUUGGCGGCGCCUGAGAAUCUCAGGAGAGAAAUCUCGGCGGCGGAGAAAGAGAUCGGUACGAAUGUGAAUUGCAUUUUAACGGAUGCGUUCAUUUGGUUCGCGGCGGAUAUUGCGGCGGAGACGAAUGCGAAUUGGGUUGCUUUCUGGGCCGGCGGACCAAAUUCGCUCGCUGCUCAUCUCUACACUGAUCGAAUCAGAGAAACCAUCGGUGUCAAAGAAGUAAAUGCUCGUAUGGAGGAGACAUUAGGGUUUAUCACAGGAAUGGAGAAGAUAAGAGUGAAAGACACACCAGAAGGAGUUGUGUGUGGGGAUCUAGACUCUGUUUUCGCAAACAUGUUGCACCAAAUGGGUCUUGCUUUACCUCGUGCCUCUACCGUUUUCAUCAACUUCUUUGAAGAGCUAGAUCCUACACUGACCGAUCACCUCAAAUCGGAAUUCAAACGUUUCCUAAACAUAGGUCCUCACGCGUUAACAUCUUCUAAACCUCAAACGGAGGAGAAGAUUGUGCAAGAUCCUCACGGCUGCUUGGCUUGGAUGGAGAAACAAGCCCCUGCUUCUGUAGCGUACAUUGGCUUUGGCACGGUCGUGAUGCUGCCUCCUGGAGAGAUUGUGGCGAUAGCGGAAGGGUUGGAAUCGAGGAAAGUGCCGUUUGUUUGGUCGAUGAAGGAGAAGAGCAGUGUUCAUCUACCGAAAGGGUUUCUGGAACGGACGAGAGAGCAAGGGAUGGUGGUUCCUUGGGCUCCACAAGUGGAACUGCUCAAGCAUGAAGCUACGGGUGUGUUUGUGACGCACGGUGGAUGGAACUCCGUGUUGGAGAGUGUUUCGGGAGGUGUGCCGAUGAUUUGUAGACCGUUUUUUGGAGAUCAUGGGAUCAACGGAAGAGCAAUGGAAGUUGUGUGGGAGAUUGGGGUGAUGGUUGUGGAUGGAGUUUUCACGAAAGAUGGAUUUGAGAAGUGUUUGGAUCGAGUUUUGGCUCAGGAUGAUGGUAAGAAGAUGAAACGUAAAGCUGAGAAACUUAAAGAACUAGCUCACGAAGCCGUCUCUGUGAAAGGAAGCUCCUUUGAGAAUUUUAAAGCGUUGUUGGAAGCAGUUGUGUGA